UGGUCGGGACAACACGGAAAUUGUUAAUCGACAUCGAGUCAUCGACUGCGUCUACACGUCUGCAUUUUUCGUUUCAGUUUUAUCAUUUUUAUUUUGUAUUUUUCGACCUGGCCAUGGUAGUCACUUUGUCAUGAAUUCAGGUAGGAUUAUUUAAAAUUCGAGGGAAUAUACACCGAAUAUACACAGCGAUUACCAUGGAUCUCUCGUUCACGGGACUUUUCCUGAUUACUUGUUGUUGGACGGCUUUUGCUUUGGUGUCAAGCGAAACGGGCGCGCUCCCUCUGCCUAGUGAUGUGUAUCUGCAAUUCCCCAACGACUUCUGCGUGACCUUGAACUGGAGCCCACCGGAGAAAUUGAACAGCAGUACAUGUAGCGUAAAAUACCACAUUACAGUAACAGCUGGGCAGGCUGGCGAACCGGUGCCCCGCACGCAGGAAUCUACGCAUUACCAGGAUUGUCCGGAUAGGGAGAACGGAGUGACGUACGCGGUGCGGACUCAGCCCAAGAGUUGUGGCAACAGGACUGAUAGCGAAGAGGUUUUCAUGCGCAUCCCUCAUCGUACAGAAAAGCUGGUGAAAGAGUUUAAGUGCUUUUACUACAUGCCUGGAGCCAUGAACUGCACCUGGCGGCCAACAGACGGGACCAGAGACCUCCAGCUCUACUACUGGGAUGAGCAAAUGGAAAUGAAGGCCUUGCGUAGCUGUGGCCUGUACUUCUACAGCGGGGAGGAUAAAACAGGCUGUCACCUGCAUGGAAAGCUGCCCGACUUCACCAAAAUUUACAUCCUCUUGAACGGGACGCGGGGUCCCUCCACGCUACAGAACACCUUCCUGCUGGUCCCACGUGACAACCUGAAGCCUCCCCCCCCUAACCUCAGUGUCAGUGAGGAGAGGCACAUGUUGCGGCUGCACUGCACCCCCCCCGACGUGUUUGAAGACUGCUGGAAGUACACGUACCGCUACAGAAGCAGCGGGUCCUCUGACUGGCAGGAGAAGUAUAGUUCACUGGACACACCAGUGCACAUCCCAUACAACAGGCACUCGCGGUACGAAGUGCAGGUGAUGGCUGUCUCCAAGGACAUCUGCGGCAUUGGAGCCAGUGACUGGAGCAAAGUCACGUCUUUCGGUGAAGAACAGCCAGAUUGGUCCUCUCACAUGGCUCUUAUCGCCAUUCCCGUCGUGGUCACAGCUUGUGUCAUCUUGUUCCUGCUUUUCUUUAAGAAAGUCCGGGUCCUGAUCCUGCCCCAGAUUCCCGACCCAAUGCAGCUGAUCAAAGAGCUCAUCAACAGCAAGGAGGAGGAAUCAAAUCUCGCGGAAAACAAGACGGUGCUGCAGGGCAAGGUCUCGGAGAAGCAGAUGCUGUGCAUCCCUGAAGAGCCAGAGGUGUGUGUGAACGUCAGGGUGGAGGAGCCCGAACCCGCCGCCGACCUGUGACCCCGUGACCCCGUGACCCCCGCGCCAUGACCACGCCUCAGACGCGCACGCACAACAGUGACAGAAAAACGCACCUCAGGGAGAGCAGCGACCGCACUGCUCUGCGCUAAGCAAGGCUGGGGAAGGCACUCAGCCCCAGACAUCCAACGCUGCCCACCGCAACCUUGUGCACUUGAAGAGGAGUCUCUUCCUGUGCUUUUGUUUUUUUGUUUUUUCAACGCUUACCGGCAGUGUACUCGCUGGGACAGUACAAGCCUGAGCCACUCGGUGCUGUAAGGAGCCCCAGAGGAACAGGGGAACAGAUGUUUGUCUAAGCUUGGGGGUUGAACUGUACGCUGUUUUCUGUGCACUGGAGGAAAUGUGAAACAGGGGUGGGGAGAAUACCAGGCCUGUGAUACCUGCCCCCCCCCCCCCUCCAGAACGAGUGGGGACUCCCACUGCCAAAUGCAACACCAACACGCCUGCAUCACAGCGAUUGCAGGGGAUUUCUCCACUUCUGUGACCAAUCCUUAAAAAGGGAAGCAACAGGCGGCUCCACUUUGGUCGGACGUGUGUCUCCAGUGAGAAAAAAACAUUUUGUAUUAUUCCUGUGUGUCUCCUGGUGAUUGUUGCUAUGUACUUUGCUGUGCUGAUGAUGCUACAAUUUUCAUGGACUGCAAAGGAGGGGGAGUUUAUGCAGGGCACAGAGCAUCAAAAGCCCUGGCCUUUCUUUUCUCCCAUUGCACACGUUCACCUGCGACAAUCCUGUCAAAUUUAGGCCCUACCGGGCCUGGCUGAUCCAAGCUGAAUAAAUAUGAGAUUGAUUGCAAACUAUGAAAAUGCACUUGUGUAAAUUUGUUUAUACUGUACAAUAAAGAAUUGUGUGAUGUGUGA